AUGUUUAAAUUUAAUGCCACGUGGGCCUUGAUGGCCCUCUUGGCCAUGACCUUCGCGGGCAAUAGUGUCAACGGCCAACAUAACCCUCAUUGGUGGAACGGACGCAACACAAUCGUACAUCUCUUCGAGUGGAAGUGGUUGGACAUUGCCCGAGAAUGUGAGGAGUUCUUGGCUCCACGAGGUUUUGCCGGUGUUCAAGUUUCCCCUGUAACGGAAAAUGUCAUAGUCGAUAAGAGGCCUUGGUGGGAACGUUAUCAACCACUGUCCUAUAAAUUGGAAACACGUUCCGGUUCGGAAGCAGAAUUCGCCGAAAUGUGUCGUCGCUGCAAUGCAGUGGGUAUUCGUAUUUAUGUUGAUGUCAUCCUAAAUCACAUGGCUGCUGAUCAAGGUAAAACGGCCGUCGGAACCGCUGGAUCUCAAGCUGAACCUGGUAUGAAAGUUUAUCCUGCUGUUCCAUAUUCUGGCAUGGAUUUCCAUGAGACUUGCGGAAUUUAUGAUUGGAAUGAUCGUUAUCAAGUGCAAAAUUGUGAAUUGGUUGGACUGAAGGAUUUGGAUCAAAGCAAGGAAUGGGUUCGUGAUCGUUUAGUGGAAUUUUUGGAUCAUUUGGUUGAAUUGGGUGUGGCCGGUUUCCGUGUGGAUGCUGCUAAACAUAUGCGUGCGGAUGAUUUGAAGAUAAUUUACGAACGUGUUCGCAACUUAAACACCAGCCAUGGCUUCCCAGCCAAUUCUCGCCCCUUCAUCUUUCAAGAAGUUAUCGAUCAUGGUGGACAGACUAUUACAAAAUACGAAUAUAAUCAAUUGGGCGCCGUUACAGAAUUUAGUUUUUCCGAAGAAAUUGGUCGUGCCUUCCGUGGUGGCAAUCAACUGAAAUGGUUGGUGAGUUGGGGUCCGCAAUGGGGUUUCUUGCCGAGUGAACAUGCUUUGGUAUUUGUGGAUAAUCAUGACAAUCAGCGAGAUGGUGGUCACGUGUUGACCUAUAAACAAUCGAAACAAUAUAAAAUGGCUACAGCUUUUGGUCUGGCUUAUCCCUAUGGUAUUAGUCGAAUUAUGUCAUCGUUUGAUUUUACCGAUCGUGAUCAGCCACCACCACAGACGGCAGAUGGUAAACUGAUUUCGCCACAAUUUGAUGCAGUGACGGGUGCCUGUAUUAAUGGCUGGAUUUGUGAACAUAGAUGGCGUCAGAUUUAUAAUAUGAUUGAAUUUAAAAAUGUUGCCGGUGGAGCGGGAGUUAAUGAUUGGUGGGAUAAUGGUGAUAAUCAAAUUGCCUUCUGUCGCGGUGAUCGCGCUUUUGUGGCUUUCAAUGGUAAUGGUUAUGAUUUGAAUGAACGUUUGAUGACGUGUUUGGCGCCGGGUACCUAUUGCGAUGUGAUUUCGGGCGCCAAAAUUAAUGGUAAAUGUACGGGUAAGACGGUGGAGGUUGAAUUGUGGGGUUAUGCCCAAAUUAAAAUUGGCGCAAAUGAGGAGGAUGGUGUUUUGGCCAUACAUCAAAAUUCGAAAUUGUAAAGGA